CUUAGCGGAAAUGCGUCACGGAAGUCACUAUUCCAUUUAAGGCUGUGCACGGGCAUUGACAGAUGAGCUAAUACUUCGCUUUAAUAGGUUAUUCUGAUCCAGCCUUAUUUAGAGAUGACACAACACGGAAUUGAGAGGAGUUUUAAGGGGCUAAACAUUAAUGACUCACCAGGCACUCAGAAGAAAAUACCACCUGCUGUGGCCCCCAAGCCAUCUAAAGUCUUAAACGCAUCACCAAAACCAUUCAAAGCAGGAGGCGGAACAUAUCGCCAGUUCCGAGCAGAUCAGGGGGAUGAGGAAUUUCCUCCCCCUCCACCUCAAAGUACCUACAUAGAGGACACACCAUACCCACCCCCACCUGUUGAUCAGUCCCGUGGGUAUGGCUACAAUGAACCCCAGGAUGAUUUCCCUCCCCCUCCCUCUCCAACCUCAAACUAUACCACACAACCUCUGGACAACACAAAGUAUGGAGUACAUAAUCAAAUUUACUCUUCUAACUAUGGGGAUUCCCCUCCAAACAGAUCAUUUGAGUCAUACCACACCAGCACCACUCACUACCAAAUGGACAACCAGAAACCAACUUACACAGGGGGGCGUUCCAUGUCCCCCACUGGACCCCCCUAUAAAUCUCCCAGUAACUAUGCCAACCUACAGCCGUCUCAGCCUGUAUACUCCUCCUCUGGUCCCUCCUCACAGUCAGACAGUACGAUUUAUGCCCGCCCUGUCAAAGUGAUCCGAGAGCCACCUGACAUUUACAACCCACCGAGGGAUCCUGUGGCACCACCAGCUGGCUAUGUAAGACAGAACAUCAGUGAGCACCACAUUUUUAAUAACCAAGGAGGUCCAGAGUAUAACUAUGACAGAAACCUCAGCACUAGCUCGGGGGGAUUUGUUCCAAAAUAUCAGGACGACUACAGAAGUGAACGCCCAGUUCCUGGGCCACAGGUGGUACCCAUGGGUCCAGAGUCACCACGUGGUGGGGACAAAUCAACACAAGAAGCUGAGGUUGAUGCCCUGACCAAUCUCUUGAUACAAAACAUGGAUUCUUCCAGUGAAACUGACUUCUUUGGUAUUUGUGUGAAGUGUCAGAAGAAGGUUGUAGGAGAAAACAAUGGGUGUACAGCUAAUGACCAGGUGUACCACAUCUCGUGUUUCAUCUGUAUCAACUGUGGGACACUGUUGAGAGGAAAAUCAUUUUAUUCCAUGGACAACAAGCCUUACUGUGAACAGUGCUACAUUAAUAGCUUAGAGAAGUGUUCUGUGUGUUCAAAGCCAAUUACAGAUCGGUUACUGAGGGCCACAGGCAAGCCAUAUCACCCCGCCUGUUUUACCUGUGUAGUGUGUGGCAAGAGUCUGGAUGGAAUACCCUUCACAGUGGAUGCUACUAACCAAAUUCACUGCAUCGAGGAUUUUCACAAAAAAUUUGCACCCCGAUGUUGUGUUUGCCAAAAUCCAAUCAUGCCAGAGUCAGGGCAGGAGGAGACUGUUAGGGUUGUUGCCAUGGAUAAAAGUUUUCAUGUUCAGUGCUACAGAUGUGAAGAUUGCGGACUUCUGUUGUCCUCAGAAGCUGAAGGUAGAGGCUGUUAUCCGUUGGAUGAACAUAUUUUAUGUAAAAAUUGUAAUGCUAAGCAAAUCCAAGCAAUGUCUUCCAAAAUGGCCACAGAGUUAUAAGCUGCAAUAAUGUACCAGGUUUACAGCUGAAUCCUUUCAUGUUGUGUUGAUAUUUUAUUGAAAUAUGCUAUACACUGUGUGUGUUAAUUUUCUAUCAAGGAAAAAAAAUAAUAUUUCAAUGAUUGUUCAAUAAUUAUUCUAUGCAAUAAAGCUUUUGGGAGGGAGAGGAAGAUGGGGGAGGGGGGUCAUUCUUUUUAUAUGUCCAAUUUCUUACUGUAAUAAGUAAGGAAUACUUUCAAUGAUGUGUUUAAGUAUGAUUGAUACGAUGUGCAUCUGUCUUUUAUUUAGAGGAUAUUUUGUUAUUUGUUGCUUGUACAUAUGUUAUAAGUUAUUUGUACAUCUAUUUUUGCUUUGUACCUAUCCUUAUAUUUAAAAUGUUGCAAAUUAGUAGCAGAUAUAUGUGUUUACAUGGGAAACAAAGCUGUUUUUGUGUAUUUUUAUCUGAAAAAAAAUGACCCCUAAAUGAUAUUGAAUUCACUGAUUUUGUUUUGUUGCAUCUUUAUAUGAACUCUAUGUAGCUAUUGUAUAGAAUUAUCUGUUUAUAUUCUUUUUGCUGUAUGGUGAUAUACAUGGAUCAAAGGACUUUUUUAUGUGAUUUAUUCUUAUUCAGUAGGAUUUUUACCCAUUUUUUUUUCAUCUUAUUUAAAGGCAUUAAAUUAUUUGGUAAUUAUUUAGUCUACAUUUGUAGAACUUUAAAAUCACCCCCCCCCCCCCCCCCCACCAUGUAUCAGCAUUAUUUUAUCGGUUUAUUAUAAUUUAUUACAAGAACAGAGAUCUAAAGAUGGUACACUCUAGUCCCCCUUCAUAUCAAAUAAAUGUUAAAGGCUAAAAAUCUGUACAAAAUCUCAAUAUGAUACAUACACUGUAUGCACAAGUAUAUACACCACUUAAUGACCUAAACACAUCAGCAAUGCACACCUGACAUUUACAUGCACCUGUACCUAUUGUACAGACAUAACCAAAUCAACUUUGUUUUAAAAAAAAAAAUAGAUGUGCAUUUAUUUCAUGUAUAAGAAGUGAUUUAGAAGGAUUUUUAUUUUGCUUCUUUUUUUUUUUUUUUUUUACAUAACCUUGAUAUUUUAGAUGUGAUAUUUGAUUGUAGAUAUAAAAUCACAGAUUCAAGAUAUUCUACGCAGUGCUUUGUGAUACACUCAUAUCAACGCAUAUAUUUUUUUAUUACUUCAUUGCAUGAAAAAAAAGUGGCAGUUAUUUUCCUUUUUAUGUGUUGAUGAGUAGUUUAUUAGGUAAAAAGUUGUUGGUUUUAACCUUCUUGUAGAAGAUCAGAAGAGCUUGUAAAGUGUGUUGGUCAUCUGUCUGUUUGUCUGUAAAUAUUUUCCAUAGUGCUUGUCAUGCUUAUUUUGGCUACAUACAAUGGAAUUCCAUGUACUGGUAUCUUGUGAUUUUAAUUUCAAUGAAUACUGUUUCUAUGAUUUUAAAAAAAUGAGAUAAAUGGUAGGCAAAAUUUCAAAAUAUUACUCCUCCAACAGUUUUGGUCAAAUUUUGAUAAAAAUAAUUACAAUUUUUGGGAAAUCAAGAUGUUUAAUUUUGUGUUCUUAUUUCAAUAAAAAUGUUGUCAAGGUUACUAUGAAAUAAAAUAAUCUGGUAAAAGAUUUUAAAACAUUACUUCCAACAGUUUAAUUUGAAUGAGUAAGACCUGCCAUGAUUUUAGAGAAUGUCAAGAAAAAUAGUCCCUUUAUGGAAUUUUGAUUUCAUGAAUAAUGUUGCCAUGGGUACUUUGAAUAGACCAGUACUGUUCAUUAUAAAAUGCCCCCAUCCCCACCCCAAUUGUGUAACAGUUUUUGUGUGCUUUGAUCCAAAUGUAAGCAUCAAGUUGCAUAUUACUGGGCAUCGGUUUUGGAUUCACUAUUGCUGCUUUUACCUGAAAUAGGUUUUUUAUAGGGAUGUCAACGAAUAUUCGAUUAUUCGAGUAUUCAUUCGAUAAGUUGAUGUUCGAAUAAGAAUUUACGAUUCGAAAAUUCGUUUUUUUUUCUCUCAGAUUUCACAGAAAAGAGAUAACUAUGAUUAAUUUCGAGGACAACAAAAUGAAACCCUUUUUUCUCAGUAUAAAAGAUGUGAAGAGUACUUGACAAAAUAAAUUCAUUGAUCAAUGAAUUACUUGUUUUAUAGAAUUUGUCUGUAAAACUGUAAAGGGAUCAGUUUCAUAAUAAACUGUGUGAAUUACUUUAUUAUCUCGGGUUGUACCUAUUCCAAAUUUUAAAAAUUUCCAGGAAAAUAGUUUAUAACCUACGUAAAUUGUCCUUGGAAGUGUUUGUUUAUGUUUUGAAAACAUUGACUCAAGGAUUAAAAUUACAACUCUUAUUUGGUAGAUAAUUGUAAUUACAUUGUAAUUACAUGUAUUUAAAUCUGAACAAUCUUGCCCUUGGUAAGACUAUCGGUUCAUCGUUUAGAGCUUCAGGAUAUAAUUUUUUUUAGAAUUAUAUUUCGGGUGUUUACAUGUACACUCAAAUCAAUAUAUUUAUUUCAAACAUCGACAAAUAGUAAAUGUAAAAUUCCUUACAGUACAUCUACAAAAUUCCACACCCAAUUUUUCUUCCAAAUCUGUCAUGAGGGUAAGAUGAUGCAUAUAUAAAAUCAACUAAUGUUAUCGAAUAUUCGAAUAUAUCUGAAUACUUUCAUUGAAUAUUUGAAUAUGAAUUAUUGACAAAAUUGACAUCCCUAGUUUUUUUAAAAAUUAUUUUAAAAUUAUUUUUCUUUUUCAUAUCUCCUUUCUGAUUAGAAUAGAACCUGAUAAUAUGCAGACUGCAUUAGGAAACAGUAUUAUAUUUAAUUUUGCAUCAAUGAAUGGUGUUGUAAUUAAGAAAACAUAGGAAGACCUAAGUUCAAACCUGUAGAGCUAUCGUCUCCUUAGAGACUUCUUUUUUUGUGUGUGUGUUUUUGGUUCAACAGUGUAAGACUUUAUAUAUGUAUAUAUAUUAUUUACAGAAUAUACAUUGUGGCAUCCAAGUUAUAGCUAUGAAUUCCAUUCUAUGCAUUUUACCUCAUGUUUGUAUUAAAUUUGUCCACUAUCAAUAUUUCUUGGUGAUUAUUUUGUUAUUUCUUUUGCACAGUAUUCAGUAAAACAGUGUAAUGCCAAAUUUUGUCAGAAUUUUACUUAGAUAUUGGAUACAGUACCAUUUCAUUUAAAAUGUUAGUGUUAAUAUUUUAUGGUAUAUAGCUAACUUUUUCAAAUCAAAUUUAAUUUCAUACCUAUAUGCCAUGAGAUUAUAUUGCACAAAAAGCAAAAUUUAACAGGAAUAGAAUAAAAAUUUUGAAGAUUUUCUAGCAUGAGAAUUCAACAUUCUUUUUGAAAACAGUGGACAAUGUUCAAUUUAUGUUUUGAUAAUGGGCAGGGAUUUCAAAAUUCAUUGCUCAUAAAUUGUAGUGAGAAUCUGUUUAUCUUUAGUGGCUUUAUUGUUUAUUCUUAGAAAUUUAUAAACUACAUGAGAAACAUUUUUUUUUGUGAAAACUUUAAUACAUGUACUGUGCUCAGAUGUUUUAGACACAGUUCCUUUGAAUUUUUCCUUAAAAAUGUUUUUUUUAUUUAGUUUAACGGAGGUAUGAUUUAUACUGUGAAAAAAGAACAAUAUGUAAGACAUAAUUCUAUAUCCUCUGUAAUUAUGUAUGUAAAUGUAGUAAUUUGUUAUGUAUGUUGCUUUUUUAUUAUAAAUGAAUACAGUGCUUGCUAAAUCAUUUAUUGAAUGUAGUACAGAAAAUGUUAAUACAUGCUGAAAAAGA